AUGAAACUUCGUUGCAACUUUGUCCUUAUUUUGUUGCAAACAAACUCAAUUUUAACAAAAGCUUAUGGCCAAAAAUAUGACUACAUCGGCUGCUUUCAAUGGGUUCGAUCACCUUUAUUCGAAAUUCAUGAUGAUGUCGAAGAUUGUGCUGCCAAUUGCAAGUUUACGAAUCCAUUUAAUAACAUGAUCGGCUUGAAGAACGGCCGCGAAUGUCACUGCGUAAGCGGGGUCAGUUCGGCAGUGGCUUCCUGGCGGUGCAACAUGUUCUGUAAGAACUUCUCAUGCGGUGGGAUUGAGUUUUAUUCAGUUUAUAAAAUUCAACCACGUCAGGAACACGACAUAUAUUAUUGCCAUUUGCAUCCGGAAAAGUCAGAGAACGCCAUAUAUUCACGAAAUUUUGACAAUCUGGAUAGCCUUGAAAUGUGUGCACAUUUCUGUUUGGAAAUGAACAUGACAUUCUUUAGGAAGACAAUAUUUCAUAAUAAAUGCGACUGUUUCCAGGAGGUCAAUUAUGGACUUUUUUCUCGCUCAGCCGAUGAAAGCUUCCGCGUUAAAUUAUGCUCCAAAAAUGAAGCAGAAAUUUGUGAAUAUUAUUUUGAAUCUCUUAGAGAUCUGCCGACUAUAUUUUCAACGCGUUUAUUUUACGAAUUCCAAAGAGGAGUAUCAACGUUCUCUCACUGCAAAACCAUAAACUAUGAAAUACAAGAAAGGUGUCCAGAAGGUUGUAGUGAAGGCUGGAAUGGAGAUUCGUGCAGAGAAAGAGAUUGUACGAGGAACAAUGGUGACUGUGGUGACGAGAUGAAAUGUAUUGAGUCCACGGUCAAUGGUAAUAAGUACGUUGAAUGCGUCUGCCCAUUGGGCACCGUAAGAAACAAAUGGUACUUGUGCGAGGUGUUUAGGAAGAACGUGGUUCAGCAUAACGAAUACAUAGGUAAGCCUAGAGAUGACCCCUCAGAAAAUUUGACAAAAGCAUCAUAUAACGGUUUUCUUGGGCAACGACCUUAUACCAGAUGUAUUUGGAUUGCUGUAGCUCUUCAAAGUUUAUAUUCCGUUGGAUAUUUAAGAGUUUACGGGAGAUUAUGCCAUAAUAACUACGUUUGCCGACAGCAAGAUGGAUUUGUUGCUAGGCUCAGUGAAAAUACUCUCGUUGAGAAUGAAUUGAAUGUGGAGAGUUUAAAAACAUGCGGCUACGGACCUGAAAAAGCCAAACAAGCAGGAAAUCCCAUGACUAUUAUUUGUGAAGACUUUGCACUCCGUUCAAGAUAUGUCAUUUUGCACCCGUCGGCUGGAAAGUUUAGCUACGAGGGAUUCUUUCUUUCAUUGUUGGAAGUAUAUGAAGUUAGUUGCGGUGUCUUGAACGGAAGAUGUGAACAAAGGUGCACUGAAUCGAAAGAUGGAGACGCACACGUUGUCAGCUGCAGUAGUUGGACUGAUGAACAAGCUGUAACAAACUCAGUUUACGGAUGUUACUUGAAAGUGUCAGGUGACCUUCACUUUGAGAAGGCUGGAUUGUCGUACAUGCAAUGUAGAGAUGCCUGUACUUUAAUUUCAAAAAGUUUAACAGUGAUGCAAGCAGGUUUCAAAUGUUAUUGCAGCAGUAAUUUGAGCAUAGCUGGUAACAUCCCAGUGGAAGAUUGCAAGAAAGGCCAUUACAGAUCCAACCUUAUAUUUGAUGACUGUGACAUGCAAGAUGAUUUUUGCAAUAAAGUUAUUGGAACUUUAAACCUCAUUACAACAACUUCCAAAGCUACCAAACAUGAAAUUUAUGAUACAAAUUCUAGUGAGACUUUAAAAACUUCCAAAGCUACCAAACAUGACAUUUAUGAUACAAAUUCUACUGAGACUUUAGAAACCAUCGUCAUCAUCAAGCCUUCCGACGAACCCACAAACAUCAUAACAUUGCAAACGCAGCUUCACGAUUCUUACAACAUAUAUUUGGUCAUCACGUCAGGUGUGACCACCAUCGCCUUCCUCUUCAUGCUAGCUCUUUUAGUUAGAGAACUGAAAUUUAAACGUGUGAUAUCAAAAAGAACAAGCAAAACGUCAGGUAGAAGCUCAACGAUUUCAAGCGACGGUGAAGUUAGAUCAUCAAGAAACAGUUUGAGCGUAAAUAGUAGUGAAGCAAUAUAA